CUUCUGUCAUGGCGGACCAAGAGGAGACUUUUGGCCUCCAAAACUCUCCUGGUGGCUCGGAUUCAAGGGAAGUACAGAGCGAUAAUAAAUCAGAGAAACAGAACGGGACCUCGAGCAAAUCACCAUCCUCACAGACAACUUACAUCCAGCAGGGAAUGGAGGGAAUAAAAGUCUACCUGCACGAGAGGGAACUGUGGAUGAAGUUUCACGAGGUGGGGACGGAGAUGAUCAUCACCAAAGCCGGAAGGCGAAUGUUCCCCAGCUUCAAAGUGAAGGUCACGGGACUAAACCCCAAAACCAAAUAUAUUCUCCUGAUGGAUGUUGUUCCUGCAGACGACCAUCGAUACAAAUUCGCCGACAAUAAAUGGUCUGUGACCGGGAAGGCAGAGCCCGCAAUGCCCGGGAGGCUCUACGUUCACCCGGACUCUCCCGCCACGGGGGCGCAUUGGAUGAGGCAGCUCGUCUCCUUCCAGAAGCUGAAACUGACCAACAACCACCUGGACCCGUUCGGACACAUCAUCUUAAAUUCGAUGCACAAGUACCAGCCGAGGAUCCACAUUGUGAAGGCGGAUGAAAAUAACGGCUUUGGCUCCAAAAACACGGCCUUCUGCACCCACGUCUUCCCCGAGACUGCCUUCAUUGCGGUUACAUCCUAUCAGAACCACAAGAUAACCCAGCUGAAGAUUGAGAACAACCCAUUUGCGAAAGGUUUUCGUGGAAGCGAUGACAUGGAACUGCACAGGAUGUCCAGAAUGCAAAGCACUAAGGAGUAUCCAGUAGUGCCUCGCAGUACAGUGCGACAGAGAGUGGGCUCCAGCCAGAGCCCCUUCAGCGGGGAGGUCCAGGGCAUGGGCACCCCGAGCACCCUGAGCUCCCAAUAUUCCCAGUGUGAGAACGGGGUCACAAGCACCUCACAGGACAUGUUGCCUCAGUCGGGCUCUUACCCCCUGCCACAUGAGCACAGCCAGGAGUACCACUGCAUCAAGAGGAAAGUGGAGGACGACUGCCACUCAGGUGAGCACAGCUAUAAGAAAGCCUACCUAGAGAGCUCGUCCAGUGAGGAGGACCAUUACUACCGCCCGGUCGGCUACGCCCAGAGCCUCGGCCUGGCCGGUGGGCCCUACCGCAGUGAAUCCAGCCAGCGGCAGGCCUGUAUGUAUGCCAGCGCAUCACAGGGCGCUGAGCCUGUUCCCAGUUUGGAGGACAUCAGCUGCAACACUUGGGCCAGCGUCUCACCCUAUGGGAGUUGUUCUGUCACCACCAUGCAGCCAAUGGAGCGGCUGCCCUACCAGCACUUCUCUGCUCACUUCACCUCAGGGUCUCUGGUGUCCAGACUCGGCGGGGUUGGGGGCCACGCCUCACCGCAGCUGGGCGACGGCCACCACGCAGCCAUGUACCAGAGCUCCAUGACCCACCAGACUCUGGGCCGCCAGUGCAGUCCUGGGGCCGGGAUCCAGUCCCCAACAGCCGGUUUACAGGGAAACGAGUACCUCUAUACACACGGCAUCCCACGUACAUUAUCGCCACACCAGUACCACACUGUACAUAGUGUCAGCAUCAUGCCAGAGUGGAACGAGAACAGCUAAAAGAGCUUUUUUUUUUUUUUCACCCUCAACAAGUGAAAACAUUAAGAGGAAAAACAAAAACAAAAAAGGACCAAAAUAAGGCGGGGUUUAGAUGAACUUAUAUUUAUAUUUUUAGAGAUGAAAUGAGAUCAAUGUUGGUCCACUGAGACAGCAGUGGAUAAUGAUGAGAUGACGUUGACUAGGAGAGCAAGCAUUUCAUCACUUAACCUGUUGCGAUAGCAUCUGCACUUACAAGAAAAUGACAUAAACUUGAACAAAGAGGAGCCGGACCAGAACUUGUGCAAAGACCUCUCAAGUGCAGAACAAAGAACACAGUGUGGAAACGCAGACACUGAUCAGAAGAAGAAAGACGCUUCAUGCUUUGCCACCAGUCCGCUGGUUGAUUGUGUCUUCGUGCAGUGGUGUUUUUUGGAUGUCAGUGUUUCAAAGACAAGGGAAUAUGUUUUCAUCAUUUUUUCAGUACAAACGUCUUUUGUACUCAUGUCCCAAGUUCAUGUAAAAAAAAAAAAGAAAAAAAAAAGACAUUGUCCUCUGUCACGUUAGCCUGAGUUCUCAUUUUCUUUUUAAGUUUUUGUAGUUAAACAACUUACUUUGUAGUAAAAUUGCUAUGAGUUUAAAAAAAAAAAAAAAAAUGAAUAAGCAAAUGGGAGCUUUUGUUGUGGCUCUUUGGUGAAUUUGCUUGCUCUUAAGAUUGUUACAAGGGUUAUUUGGUUUCCUAAAACCACGCACGUCACAAAUUUAAUCUUAAUGCCACGAAAACGGAAACAUGACAGUAGAAGUCACAAGCAGGACAGCACUUCAAUUUGACCAUUUAUUCACGCACAGACUCUUCGGCUAAACGCUCUUCUUCAACAUUCAAACUGGCAGCAGUGGAUUUUUAACCUGGACCUUAUUUUCCCCACUCAUUGCCACCUUGAGCCAAGAUUUACAGCAAUCAACUACUAUAGCCAUCAGUUUGCAGGCUGCACUGCAGUUUUCCCCGCCUACAUCCAAAUCUCCUGUCAACCUUUAGGUAUAUUCAAAGUAAUAUGA